GACCGCUGCACUUUCGCUGCCAACGCACCCCCCGCGACGCCAUAUACCACGACUCUUACACGAUUUUCCACUGACGACCCUCGAUUUUCUCCUCCUUUCGUUCGCGUUCUUUAUCUCGUUUCUUGUGGGCUGUCGCCAAGCAGCUCAAACUAAUCAACUGAACCGCCCUAUAUCUGCAAUCUCGCCUCAGCUCGAUCGUUUUUUCCAACUCGCUGUCAGCCCGAAUUUAUCCAGCCCCGAUCGAACCAACUCCUCUCUGUCCUGAUGACCGACAAACCAAGUGCGAUUAUCCUCGGAGGACUCAACACCUGCUCCCGAGCACUCGCGGCGUAUUUGGUCCCGCUGGAGGGAGAACCUCUCGUAUCUCACCUCCGUAUCGUGGAUAAAUACUCUGUCCACCCACCUACGACUUAUCUCGGACCGGAAUUCCCCAAAGUCCUUGAGAAGGCCAAUGUCGAAUAUCGUCAAGCCAACCUAACCCUACCAGAGAUCGUAGCCCAUGCGUUCGAUCCUCCGGAGGGUCAGGCACCGUACACCUACGUCUUUGACGUGACAGGUGAACCGCGUCAUGACCGGCCCGAUCAGGUCCAAGUUACGCACACCUUCCAGAUCGCGAGAUUGGUGGCGAAUGAGGCUGCCCGUCGAAAGGUGAAGGCGUAUGUUCGCCUUACUCACGUGUUCUAUAUCUGCCCAGAGAAGAGCUCGCAUACCGAGAAGGAGGAUUUGAAACCCGACGGUGUUCGUGGAAUCUGGUGGCAUGAAGGACUACGCGCCAUUGCUGGUAUUGACGACCUACCUGUCGUCAUCUUGCGUCUUGCCUUGGUGUACGGCCCAUAUAUCAAUUUCGGUUAUAUCCCAACGUUCAUCACUGCUGCUGCGGUGUAUGGCUAUAUGAAGCAGCCUCUCAAAGCACUUCAUUCUCCCGGAACUUAUCCAGUUCAUACUGUCCACAUCGACGACGUCGUGGCUGCGGCUUGGGCGUCCGCGGAGUGGAUAGCAAAGCUGGGACGACAGGAGGCCAACACGAUAGCCGGCGAGGAAUUGUCGUUCCAUAACGACAAGAGCGCGUUAAAGGAAGUCGAAGGAAUCGUGCCGCCCGAGCGCAAGGUCGUGGCGCCUUUGUUCAAUAUUGCCGAUGAUCACGACACAAGUUUUGUCGGGGGUCUGCGCACUAUGUGCGCGCUAUUUGGUACAACCGUGGAAUUCCACGGGAAGUUGACUGACGUGCUUGCCAAGUUCAAGCUGGAGGACGUCGUAGAGGACAUAAAUGAAGAGCACGUCAGCGGCUGGACCAAGAUGCUCGAGGCCUCGAAUCCUCCUAUCCAGAGCACGCCCCUGACGCCCUACGUGGACGAGAACGCACUGGCGAAGAGGGUCGUCGCUUUGGAUAACAAGAAGAUCAAGAACGUGUUGGGUCUGAAGUUGAAGCGCCCCCACUUUAAUGAAGAGUCAAUCGGCGAAGUGGUGGAUAAAUGGAAGGCGGAAAAGGUGUGGCCUGCUGUCUAGUUCACGACUCGCUGCACCUCGACGUCUUUGGUUAUGACUUUAUCUUCUAUUUGUUCUGGUUAAAUGUACUGGUAGGCCCUCUAUCGCGGCGUUGACAUAUCUGGCAUGCGUAGGAUGCUGGAAGGAUAUUUCGACUGUAUAUUAGGUUAUAUAUCCAUGCUUGGCGC